GCCCGGGUGAAAGGUCGGCGCGCCGGCGCCACUCCCAACAUGGCGGCGGCCGGGGCAGCGGCGCGCGGCCGGGCCGCCGGAGCGCGGCGCCCGCCCCCGCCUCGGGCCGCGCCGCUGCCGCGGGUGCUGGCGCUGCUGGCGGCGGCGGCGGCGGCGGGGCCGGGGCCGGGCGGCGCGGCGCGGCUGUACCGCGCGGGCGAGGACGCCGUGUGGGUGCUGGACAGCGGCAGCGUGCGCGGCGCCACGGCCAACAGCUCGGCCGCGUGGCUCGUGCAGUUCUACUCCUCGUGGUGCGGCCACUGCAUCGGCUACGCGCCCACCUGGCGGGCGCUGGCGGCGGACGUGCGAGACUGGGCCACUGCCAUCCGAGUCGCAGCCCUGGACUGUGCGGAAGAAAAGAACCAGGACGUGUGCCGCGCCUACGACGUCCACUUCUACCCCACCUUCCGGUACUUCAAAGCUUUUACAAAGGAUUUUACAACUGGAGAGAACUUCAAAGGGCAUGACAGGGAGCUGCAGACGGUCAGGCAGACGAUGAUCGACUUCCUGCAGAACCACACAGAAGGCACCCGGCCGCCAGCCUGCCCCCCUCUUGACCCAGUUCAGCCCAGUGAUGUCCCUUCCCUCUUGGACAGCCACAGUGGCCGCUAUGUGGCCAUCAUCUUUGAAAGCAAUGGCUCCUAUGUUGGACGAGAGGUGACCCUGGACUUGAUUCCAUAUGAAAACAUCGUGGUGACCAGGGCGCUGGAUGGGGACAGAGCAUUUCUGCAGUCGCUGGGUGUGGCCUCCGUUCCUUCCUGCUACCUGAUUUACCCAAAUGGAUCUCGUGGACUAAUUAGCGUCGCAAAGCCUCUCCGCUCCUUUUUCUCCUCUUAUUUGAAGUCACUGCCAGGUGUGAGGAAAAAAUCGCUUUCCUUGCCCAAAAAGCCCAGCCCAGAAGAACAGUCGGAGGUGGUGGCUUGGCGAGAAUUUGACAGGGCCAAGCUGUACAUGGCGGACCUGGAAUCCGGGCUGCACUACCUGCUGCGGGUGGAGCUGGCCGCCCACAGGUCCCUGGCCGGCGCCGAGCUGAAGACCCUCAGAGACUUUGUGACACUCGUGGCCAAGCUGUUCCCUGGCCGAGCUCCCGUCAGGAAGCUGCUGGAGACGCUGCAGGAGUGGCUGAGCACCCUGCCUCUGGACAGGAUCCCCUACAACGCCGUCCUCGACCUGGUCAACAACAAGAUGCGGAUAUCCGGAAUCUUCCUCACCAACCAUGUCACGUGGGUGGGAUGCCAGGGCAGCAGACCCGAGCUGAGGGGUUACCCCUGCUCCCUCUGGAAGCUGUUCCACACUCUGACGGUCGAGGCCUCCGCCCACCCAGAGGCGCUGCUGGGCACAGGCUUGGAGGAGGACCCCGCGGCCGUGCUGCAGACCCUGAGGAGGUACAUCCGCACUUUCUUUGGCUGCAGAGAGUGUGGCGAGCACUUUGAGGCGAUGGCCAAAGAGUCCAUGGACACGGUGAAGACCCCGGACCAAGCCCUCCUCUGGCUGUGGAGGAAGCACAACGCGGUGAACAGCCGCCUGGCGGGUCAUCUGAGUGAGGACCCCAAGUUCCCAAAGGUGCCGUGGCCCACGCCAGAGCUCUGCCCAGCCUGCCACGAGGAAAUCAAGGGCCUGGACAGCUGGAACGAGGGCCAGGUGCUGCUGUUCCUGAAGCGGCACUACGGCCGGGAGAACCUGGUGGACACGUACUCCGCAGACCUGGGCGGUGCUGGGGCGGGCGCGCCCACCGGCAGAGGACCCGGCCCCCUGGGGAAGCCGCAGGGAGACCAAGAUGACCCAAGUCUUCAUCCGCACCACGUCCUGGAGCCCAGAACAGAGCGGCUGGAGAACUUGCACCACCGGCUGGACCUGCGACUCCAGAGCCCCCAGGGGCCCAGGGCCCAAGAGGAGGCUCCAGCCUCCGUGCCCUUCCUCGGGGUUGGCUUCUCCAGCCUGGACAUGAGUUUGUGCGUGGUGCUGUACGUGGCCUCGUCCCUGUUCCUCAUGCUCAUGUACUUCUUCUUCCGUGUGAGGUCCAAGCGUUGGAAGGUCCGGCUCUACCACCCGGCUGUAUAGACGCCUCCUGUCCAUCUCCACCGCCCGGCUCUGCAGACGCCUCCUGUCCGGCUCCACCGCCCGGCUCUGCAGACGCCUCCUGUCCAUCUCCACCGCCCGGCCGUGCAGACGCCUCCUGUCCAUCUCCACCGCCCGGCUCUGCAGACGCCUCCUGUCCAUCUCCACCGCCCGGCUCUGCAGACGCCUCCUGUCCAUCUCCACCGCCCGGCUCUGCAGACGCCUCCUGUCCAUCUCCACCGCCCGGCUCUGCAGACGCCUCCUGUCCAUCUCCACCGCCCGGCUCUGCAGACGCCUCCUGUCCAUCUCCACCGCCCGGCUCUGCAGACGCCUCCUGUCCAUCUCCACCGCCCGGCUCUGCAGACGCCUCCUGUCCAUCUCCACCGCCCGGCUCUGCAGACGCCUCCUGUCCGGCUCCACCGCCCGGCUCUGCAGACACCCUGUGGCAGCUUUGGCAGCUCUUGCACCAUGCUGACGUUCAUGAUCAGGGAUUUGUAGACACCCGUGCAGGAGCAGGGCUGGCUCUUGUAGAAACAGCGGCCUUGCUGGCACCUCCUGUCGGAAGUGUGCGUGCUCCCAGCCCUAGUCCAGCAGGAAGGUCUCAUGCGGUGACCCAGGCCGUGUGAGCUGGAGGCUGGGGUGGAGAGGCUGGGUGGUGGCAGUGCCUUUUAGUUGUGACUGGUGACAAGGGACAGAGGGACAGCCUGGUCCUCCACUCCGGAGGCAGCCCCGGGCCCGGAAGGUGGUGAGGACUGGGCAGUUCUUGGGGUGGAAGGGCGCGGGCCCCAGGAGGCCUGCAGCUGCCUGUCCUGGGGCCCUCUUCUCAUGUGGAAGGAAGCACCAGUGGAGGCCAGGAGUUCAGGGCCCGGUGGGAAGGACAAGGACCUGGUGUGGGCCCCGAACCCAGGCCUCCCUGGACAGAAGCCAGGCUGUCUUCCCAGGCCUCAGGGAUGGUUUUUCUUUUAACCAUUAACAAUUUAAACUCACUGUAGAAUUACAAACACCCAGUGGCGUGCAGUUUCAGCAGCAAACCUGCUGAGAUCUGUUGUGGCCACUGGCUUGUCUCACAAGCCUCCUUUCAUUUGGAUGAAAUGGGCCAGUGUGUGUGUGCGCACAUGGGAGUGACUGCAAGAGCUGUAAGUACUCUUUCCCCGUUGCCUGUGUGUACUUUAUGUGGUAAGUGGCCCCUAAGGGUGGUGGGCCGCACGAUGUCCCGGAAGCCCUGGAGCGUGGUCGGUGGGGCCUGGGGGGCGCGGCCCCCGUCUCCUUGGGCUGUCCUUAGCCAGCUUUCCCCGUGGUGGGAGGCCUGACCCCCUCCAGGGCAGGGUGGCCUUGCUGCCCUGGCUCCACCUCCGCCACGGAGGACCCGUGAGAUCCUGUUGAGAGCACACGCGAACCUGCCUGUGCAGCUGGGUGCGCGCUCUGGUUACUGAAGGUUCCCGCAACUCCCGAGGGAAGCUUUGAACCCUCGGUCAGGCUGCCUCUGUGCCUGCCUUCUCCCCCAAAGGAGCCGUCUUCAGUGGGCGAGCCCAGCCCUCAUUCACGGAGACACGGGCAAGGCCAAGGCAGGGCUGGCUUUCUGCUGCUCCCUCCCGCCGAGCCAGCCCUGCUCCCCGAGGGGCUGUUGUGGGUAGAGUGGCAGCCGCGAUGGGCCGGGCCCUCCCGCAAGCGGUCAGGACUCCACCGCACGGCACGCGAUUAGGGAUUGCCUGCGCAGGUCUGGGCGCGGCCCGGAGGCAAGGUGUCGGCUUUCUCUUUUCAGUGGUAGAGGAGGUUUUAAAGCUCACGCCGGUCAUCCCGGCUACUCCGGAGGCUGAGAUCCGAGGACCGCAGCUUGAAGCCAGUCCAGGCAGCGACCGCCCAAAAGCCCAAAAGCUAGGAGUGGAACUGGCUCAAGUGCUGCAGUGACCGCACACAGUCCCUGAGUUCAAGCCCCAGUGCCAACACCAAAAAAAAAAAAAAGGAUUGAGACCAAUGAAUAUAAUAUGGAAGUAAUAUAAAUGCUUAUUUAUUUUUAAUGAGAAGAUUUGGAUUAAAACUCAAUUGACACGGAAAUCUCAUUGAGAUUUCUUAACCGCAAGGCAAGUGCGUAUUUUGUACUUAAACUGUAAUGUGUACAUUUUAAGAAUAAAGUCUGACCUUUG